AUGUCCCACGUCAGAUAUGAGGCUUCUGCCAGUAGACACAUGCCCUUUCAGAGGAAUACGGAAGGGGAAGCAACAAGCGGGAAUAUCAUCCCAAAGCUGGCGAAAUUAGACUUUCCAAAAUAUGACGGCUCAGAGGAUCCAACUGCUUGGAUCUGUCGCGCUGAGCAGUUUUUUUAUUUUCAGGACACUUCUCCUGAAGAUCAAAUACGCUUAGCAGCUUACCACAUGGAGGGGGAUGUUCAACUAUGGUUUCAGCGACUCCGACAGUCGGCAAGAAAUUUAUCAUGGGAUGAUCUAAAGGAUGGGCUGCUCAAAAGGUAUGGGAUGUCUGCUUUUGAGAAUGCUUUUGCUGAUCUUUGUAAGCUAAAACAAACAAGUACCCUCAGAGAAUACCAAGUGCAAUUCCAUUGUCUCCUCGCCAAGGCGGGAUCACUCACGAAUGCUUAA